CCAGCCCGGCCCGGCCCGGCCCCACCUCCCAGCUCAGUCCCAGGAGGGCUGAGUUGCGGUGGCGGCGCGGCGGCGGCGGGCGGCCCUGUCUGGGUCUCCAGGAUUAGCUUCAGCCUCUCUCUUCCUCCACCCCCACAUUCUCUCCAUCCCCUUGCCCCCGGCUCCAUCUUGCUUGGGCUGCAGCCUCCCGGGCACCUGUGGAAGAGUCGCCGUCUGCGCCUCCCCUCCGACUGCUAGGUCAACGUGACACUUUUCCUCAUGACAAAUUUGUAAGAGGCCAUUCUGAAGUUUCCCUGAGCUGUUUUGCCUCAGUAAGAAGAUGAGACCAAAAGGGAGAACCUAGUUGACCUGAGAUUUUGGAAAAAAUCCUGGAAGGGAAGCCUCUGUUGGCCAUGGCCACCAGCGACUCUCAUCCAGAGUGCCAGCCCACGUCGACUCUCCACGGCCAGCCCCUGUCCAAGAGCUCCUCCAGUCUACUGACUGACAGACCAGCCAGUGGGCAGGAACUCCGCAAGAGUGUCAGUAGUACCGUCUGCCCAAGUCCUACCGGGGAGGCUGAGCCGAGCCAGUUGGCUGGAGAGGGUGUCGUGGGGACCGCAGCGGAAUGCGAAGUGGGAAGUCCAUUGGGAGCAGGGAGCCCAGAGCAGGCACCCUGCCCCUGGCAGGACAAGAGCUCCGCCUUCCGUUCCAAGAGCAGCACUGUUGGAAAUGUGUACUCCAUGGGGGAGAGGGAGCUGUCCCCUUCGAGCCUGGGGGUGCCAGGGGUGGUCGUGCAGCGGAGCCAUUCGGAUCUAGCCUCGGGGUGCCGGCAUCUCAGCCUCAACGUUCCCAUGGAGGCCAGCGUGAGCUGCUCUGCCCUGGGGUCCUCGCCAAGUGAAAGAAGCAAUCUCCUUCCCAAGAGCGUGUUCAUGCAGAAGCCUGGCCUGGGGCACUAUGACAGUACGGACUCUGACAAACAGCUGCCUUUCCCAGGGUCGACUGAUGAUGUGGGAGGGGAUCUGCUCUCCCAAGGUGGUGAGGCUGCUGGGGAUGCAGAAGUCAUCCUACCCGCCUCUGUGCCUGGGAACAGCUCUAGGAGUGACUCAAUUCAGGACCCAGGGGCUAGGACCCAAGGCAGCACCCCGCCUUGCUCUGUGCCCAUGGCUCCUGGCCACAUCCACACCGCCUCUUCUCCCUACUGCCCGCGGCAGGCAGAGAGUGCUGUGAGGACGAAUGAUACCCACUCAGCCUACUGCCACCCCCUGCCCAUCCCGUCCCUGCAGGUUGGCCCUGGGAUGCUGUGCCCCAUGAAUGAAAUGGGCGUCCCUGGAUGCUGCCAUGUCCUGUCUACACCAGAGAUCCUGCCAUUUCCCAAGCUGGUGUCCUCUGUGAGUGAAUCUGGCCUCCAUAACCAGCACUUGGUUAGGUACCACCGCCUGGCGGAAGAGGCGCCAGUUUGCAUCCAUUGUUAUGCUCCGAACAAGUGCCCACAGCAGGAAUCCAUUGCAGGUUCUGCGCUCCUGGCAAACCCAUCAACUCCAGACCCUGUCACCAAGACCAAAGAUGUGUCCACCAUGACUUCCAUUGGCGACCUAGCACUGGGGCCGUUGAGCUCUCUGCAGUGCAGGGAUGCUGAGGUACAGACAGCUCCAUCCACAGCCUGCAAGGCUGUGGCCACCAGUCCCUCUCCACUCAAAGACCAGGUGCCCCCCCAUGUAUUCCCAGAGGUGAACUUAGAGGUCAGCAGAGAGGAGCCCAAGUCCCCAGUGCGUGAGGUCAGGUGGGAUGAAGAGGGGAUGACCUGGGAGGUAUAUGGAGCUUCAGUUGAUCCAGAAGUUCUGGGCCUGGCCAUCCAGAAACAUCUGGAGAUUCAGAUUGAACAGUUCCAGACAGUUCCCUCGAAAGAGGGUACCCAACCAGGUGGUGAGGAGGCCCUGAUUAAGGAGGGGAAAAGAAGGCCCUUUCGAACCAUGAUCCAGUCCCUGAGACGUCCCAGUUGCUGUGUCCACUCAAGCACAGCUGUGGAAUAACAAGGAUACCCUUUCCUUUGUAUUCUCAGACUUUCUGGGAAUGACUGGUUCCCUCUGCUAUAGAAGAUGCAUUAUUCAGGAAAAAAAAAUCAUUACAAAGCCCUCUGGGAUUGGGAUGCCAGCCUGGAUGGAUAAGAAGUGUCUGAGACAGUCACUUAAUUAGCAACACUCCCAGUCAACUCAAGUGGGAGGAAAAAAGAAAGAGAUGGGAAUUGUCAGUUGACUGCCAUUGAAAAAUCUCUGCCUGUUGACUCAUCACCCAUCUCUGCCUUCCUGUGCUGGAGCUAGACUCCAGCUCAUCUAUUUAGGUGCCAUAAGCACUGAGGAGUAUUUCUGGGUUUUUAAAGAGUCUGUUACUGCAUCUCUACUUAAUGGGGACUAAGCUUUCAAAUUUAGCUUCAAAAUGUUCUUUUUUGUUUUCAGUGUUACGUUGGUUAACCUCAUUUCAGACCUAAUGCUGUAGUCUUAUGAAACCUCAAAACCAAAUGUGAGCCCUCUCCAUAACCCCCCUCCACCUGAUUGUGAUUGCCUUUCCGUCAUUGCUCAGUUAAUGAAUUACUAAGUUGCUCGGGGACUUCUGUUAGUUCUGAGUUAUUUCUUCACUACAGGUAGAAUGAACUGUUUCCUAAAGAAAGGCCUGCUUCAGAAAACAUUUAAUUGCAGUAUGUGUGACCUGUGCCUGGGACUUACUUUGUGAAUAGACAGGACAGUUAGUGAUAUCUGAUUUCAGAGGUAUCAGUAAAUCCUGUGGUUUGAUUUCAGAGACACCUGAAAAGAAUCUCUGUCCCCUUAAUAUUUGUAAACCAGUUUGCAAUUCCAUGAUUGGAGCAUCAUUCCUUUAGCUUGAGACUCUCUGGCACUUGUUAAAAUGCAAAUGCUCCCUGAAGAAGGGUGUCACACAUUAAGCCUUAUGUGAGUGUGUACAUCUCGGUAUGAUUAAGUUUGUCAGCUCCUUUUUGGACAACACAUUUGGUAGGAAAGUAGAGACAAAAGUGCUGGGGUGCACAGGAAGUCCCACCUUUCAUAAAUGUGAUCACGUCACGAUCUUGAGAAAUUAUAGCAUAUAAACGUAGCUUACAUUCAAAGGGGCAAUCUCUCCCUUUACUCUCCCAAGUCCAAGGACCAGGGGUAUCAUCCUGUCAUUUUUGUAGUUCCCCACAGAAACUUAGCUCAUAGCUUUUACAUAGCAAGCUGCAAACCCCCAGGUGUUGCCUUUUUAACGAUGCUGGUGGGGAUUUUGUUUUGUUUCUUGACAUUGCAUGGCUCACAUUGCUGAAUGUGGGGCAGGGUCUGGUCCCUGGCACAAGAGGCACUUCAGGGGGAGUGCAUGCAUUGUAAAGCGUCUCCCAUGGUCCUGGCCACAGAUGGAUUGUCAUGUUUUCAAGUGGGCUCUCAAGGUCUUUCUGGAUCUUCCCAUGUGGAUCAUGGAAUAUGGAUGGAUACCAGUCUCUGCCUGCAAAUCUGCCGUUUUUAAACUGGGAAAAUUGGAUCUAGAGGAGAAACUAAUGCUCACAUUUCCCUUUUGUUUGGGGGAAAGAUCUGAGCCUUGGGUUCUUGACUUUUUUUUUUAAAGGAAAGAAAGAAACCAUCGUAGUAUUCUGGUACCAAAGUGAACCCAAUCUGUAUUCUUUUUGCACUGGCCCAUGCUGCAUAGCGCCUUAGUUUUGAGAUUUGUAUGUGUAUGCAUGUGUGUGUGUGUGUGUGUGUGUGUGUGUGUGUGCGCACGCACAUGCCCAUUGUGUGUUUUUGUUUUUGUUUUUUCAAAAAAUUGAAAUGUAAUGAAAGGGCUAAUACCACCCAGUAAUAUGAAAUGUGUUCACGCUGCUUCCUCCGAUGCUUUUCCCUCUCUUCUCUGUAAGGUUGUUGUCCCUUAUACUAUUUUAGUGUAUUGUGUGCAUGGAAUAUUUUGGUAACAUGAAAAAUGUGCCACCCUUAGUGUACAAAGAUGACAUUACUAAAUAAUAGCUCCAGAAGUUGAUUCAGGCUUGUGCUGAGCUGCCCUCACUUUCUUCCUGUUCUCCCCUGAGAGCUGGAAUCCAUGGCCAGAGCUUGGGGUCAGCCCAUGGCCAGGACUCAAGCCCAAUCUGUGGCCAUGGUGAGGGACUCAAUUUGGCCAGAUCAAGGAGGUCAGUUCUGUGUCAGGGCCAGGGCUAAAUUUGUGCCUAGGAUGGAGGGAGGCAUCUACGCCUGGGAUUAAUGCUCAGUAUUUGGUUAGCAGGGAGUUUGUUGAGGGUUAUGGCCAGGUUAGGCAAGCCCCAGUUUCUAGCUAGCUCUCAAUUAUAGGAGCACAAAUUUAGAUCUGGAAGGGACCUGAUAAGCCAACUGUUCUCAUUUGCCAAACAGUUCAUAAGUGUCAUAGGUGAAUUAUGAACUGAGUUCUUCCUGGCUCCAAAUCCAGCACUUUCCAUAUACAUACAUGCUCUCUCUCUACAGGCCAUGGCCAAGACCAAGGGCCACUUGUAGCCAUAGUUAAGGAGUCAGUCUAUGUCAGGAUCAGAGAGUCUGCUUGUCAUCGGAGUUAGUUCAGUCCUAGCUCAGUAUUUAGGGCUGGAUCCAGGACCAGAGGAAUGUUAGUCUGUGACUAGAUUUAAGAUGUAGGCUGACUCCAGGGUUGGGGUUUGGGGGUGGAGAAAGUCAAUUUGUAUAAAAGACUGGGGAGUCAGUCUGUGACCAAAUUUAGGGAUCAGUCUUUGGCUACAAUUAGAAGCCCAGUCUGUUGUUGGUAUUAAGGGAUUAAUUUGGGAUUAGGAGUCAAUUGAUAUAUAAUUAGGGUUGGAAUAUUGUCAAUUUAUGGCUGGGUUUAGGGUACAGUAUCAAUCCCUGGCCAGUGUUAGUAUCUCAGCCUCUAGUCAGAGAACCAAGAGUUAUUAUUCUUUUUUUCUGUGCAAAGUUACCGGCCCCUAUGGGGAUUGAACCCAAAGUGUUGUCCUAACUAUCACUAAGCUCAAACUGAGUUAAUUAGUCCAAAUCCAGCAAGUCAGUUAUCAAAUGUGGGCUUAAUGACUAAAUUUGGGCAAGAAGAUGCAUUUGUCCAAUUCAGCCACAAGUCUGACACCUGCUGUGGUUUAAUGUUUACAAUGUCACUAGUUCAGUCAUUUGGUUGUGACUUGAUUUUAUAAUAUGACUUUUUGGGUUCCCUUAUGACUAUGUAUGUUUUUUUUUUUUUAAAGCUAUAUGAAUAAGACAGCUUCCAAAACUUCAUCAAGGUGGUUCGUUUCAUUCACAUGUCUAGGAAUUGGGGUUGUGUCACUCAUGGGAUGGGAAAAGGGGACAAGGGAAACCCACCUCUCAUUGUUGGGGGGGUAGGCCAAAAAGGGUUCCACAUAAGCAUAAAUCAGAAGCCAGAUAAGAUUUUAAAGUGAAGGUUUUUUUGAAAAUCGAAAUUCAGGAACAGUGGGAAAUGUGAAAUAGGCUAGGUCCCUUGUGUUCCUGGUAAAACUGUAGGCUUGGAGAAAGCUGGGCUAAGAAAACUUACAGGACUGGAAAAGGUACAAUCUGGGGAUUUUUUUAUUUAUUAAUUUUGGUAAUAACAAAUCUAAUCAUUUGUUUUUUAGAAUCAUACAAUCUUAGAUUUAGAAGCGAUAUUAAAAGUCAUCUAGUUGAAUUUCCUGUAUAGUAUUUUUGAGAAAUGGUUAAGAAUUUAAAAAAAAAUUAUCCAUUAAUAGAACUCACUACUUUGCAAGGCAGGCUAUUCCAUUGUUUAACAAUUAAGUGAUUCGAGGGACUCCUUACCCUGAGACACCAUCCCUUCCUCCAAGCUACUCCAAGUUUUAGAGAUUUUGUAGGUUAGAUUCCUUUCAAAAAUAUAGCUUAUAGGUGUUCACCAGUAUGUUUACUUUUACUAUUCAUGCAGAAGGGUUUUUAGUCUAAAGCAAAGGCAUUUAAUAAAAUAGCAAAAUAAUGACAAUUAUAGCAGAAAUUCUAGAUAUAAAUCUUGAUUUCACUCUCCAUAAAUAAUCAUACUCUUUAGGGGGAAGGGUAAAUUUGAAUAAUGUACCAUUGGGGAUAUGCUUGUUGCCAAAACACUUACAAGUUGAAGCACAUGAACAAGGAAUGUGUGUGGCUAGAGCACACGUGAAAAAACAACACAUACCUUUAAUGUUGUAUACCCAUCAAUGUCUUUUGGUUCUUGUAACAUGGGGGUGUUCUCUUCUCUGCUUGUUUUCCCAUAGAAAUCAAAUCUCAACUGUUCCCUGUUGGUCAUUGUAUCUUCGGGUAAUUUUUAGCUACUUUUAGGACAACCUAAUAUCCUGUCCAACUUUGAAUGUCUUAAUGUGCUUACAUCACAACAAAUGUACCUUUUUACCCUGCUUUCUCUGCUCCUAUCCCUCAGUUUUAACAAAGAAAACAAUCAAUCUAAAAUGACCAGUAUAAGUAACAAUGUCUAUUCACAUGCUACAUUUGCCAUCGAUAGUUUUCAUCACUGUAUUCAAUACUGGUCAUUGCAUUUAUUCAGAGUAAAUGCUUUUUUGUGAUGUUUUUACUUAUGAUAUUGUAGUUAUUUGUGCAUAUUGUUUCCUUCACUCUAUCAGCUCAUAACAGUCUUCCUAUAUUUUCUAAUUUCCUUAGAGUCAGUAAGAGGAGCUAGCAAAUGGGAGAAAGAGGGGUCAGAAAAGUAGACGAUGUCAAGGGUAUAGUGCCAUGGAAGUACAGGGAGAAGGUCAUCAUUAGUGUCACUCUCAAGAGAAUGACUGACUAGAAAGCUAUUAUAGCUAUUGAUUAUCCACUUCCCAAAGUUGAGUCAGAAGUCAGUUUAUUAAGGAGUGGAUAGAAAGUGGAGACACUGAAUACUCACUAUUAUUUUCUGAAGCUCAGUGGCAAAGGAAAGUAAAAAAAAAAAAAAAAAGACAAGAGGUAGGUAGGACAGAGAUAAAAUAGAAAGGGAAGGCUUUUUCAGACUAGGGAGAAAGGAACCUGAGCAUGAUUAUAGGCUAUUACAAGGCAGGAGCCAUUGGAAAAGGAAAG